CCGCGGUAGGCGGUAUCGGCAGGCGGUGAGAGGCCGCGGUUGGAUUUGUGGGAGCUGUAGUUUGGUGGUGGUUUCCCCGCGGCUGUUCCACCCCGCCCUGCCAUGCCGGGCUUCACCUGCUGCGUGCCGGGCUGCUACAACAACUCGCACCGCGACAAGGUGCUGCACUUCUACACCUUCCCCAAGGACAAGGAGCUGCGGCGCCUCUGGCUGAAAAACGUCUCCCGGGCGGGCGUCAGCGGGUGUUUCAGCACCUUCCAGCCCACCACGGGCCACCGUGUCUGCAGCGAGCACUUCCAGGGCGGCCGCAAGUCCUACCUGGUGCGGGUCCCCACCAUCUUCCCGCUGCGCGGCGUCAACGAGCGCAAGGCGCAACGGGCUGCCCGCCGCCCUCGCCCUGCCACCGCCGCGCAGGGUCCCGCUGCCGCCGCGGUCCAGGUGGGGGGCGCGGCCGAGGACGUGAAGCCUAUUGACCUGACGGUGCAGGUGGAGCUCGGGCCCGGGGCCACCACGGGGCCCAGCCCUGGGAGGUUGCUGCCGCUGGCGGCGACUGGGGAAGAGGACACGUUGGAAGGCGGCCCCCCAGACCACUCGUAUUCGCUGUCGUCGGGCACCACGUCGGAGGAGCUGCUGAGAAAGCUGAACGAGCAGCGCGACAUCAUCGCGCUGCUGGAGGUGAAGAUGAAGGAGAUGAAGGGCAGCAUCCGCCGCCUGCGCCUGGCCGAGGCCCAGCUCCGUGAGGAGAUCCGCGAGAAGGACCGGCUGCUCCAUGCUGCCAGCGCCGUGACCCGCAAGCGCCACGGUCUCUGAGGCUGCCGGCGCCCGGCGCGGGGCUCUCCACUACGGAGCUUCCGCCACCCUAGGGGAGGUGCCUGGGCAGAGCGGAGAUGGGGCUGGCUGCGGCCCCCUCCCCGGCCUUCUCUGCCCGGUACCUCCUGUUCCCCACCGAAGCAAACCCGCGCCAUCGGAUCCCCCUUCCUAGAUGUGGCGGCCGCUGUCUGCUCAGUGCUGAGCCCUGUUACCGUUCCCCCCAAGCUAGCACUGCGGGCGCCUGCUGGCGUCCCGUCAACACCACGCCCAUCAGCACCCUCCGUGCCGACAGCGGCAGAAAGCGCUUCCCCUUGUGCGGAUGAGACCCGUGUCAUCACCAAGUGGAUGUAGGGUGUCGGUUUUCAGCAAAUAACUCGCCUGUGUUAAGUGAGGAAGCAGCAACACUACCCUGGAGAAGGCGUGGCUGGUAGCGUGGUUGGCACCAAGCCCUUCACAGGAAUGAACAAGGAUGUCGUGUUUGGCCUCGCAUAGCAGAGGCACAAGGAAAGUUUUAGAAACCCUUUCAGGGUGAUGUAUUUCUUCAGUAAAUUACUGAUGCCAUAAAAGACUGCUGUUUCUAGCCUUAAAGAAUCCCAUAGGACUGCUCUUGUCCUAUGUAGUUUCUGCUUUCUCUGCAUCACACAUGUAUUUGUUACAGAUGUCUCGACGCUCUCAACACUAGUAAGGAUUACAAUGUGGUACAAAGAGCCUGGUGGCAUUUGACAGCUGUAGUUUUAUCUCAUUGGCUUAAGAACUUCUCAUGUAAUGGGGGCUUUGUAACACAUUGGGGAUUGAAAUCCUUGGCUUUCAUUCAGGAUGGAACAGAAGCGCGGCAAGUUUAUCUGCUGUGGUUGCAAACCCGUACUGUCUAAUCCUAAACUAGUUGGCAUGACUCAUAAUCUGUACAUUAGGCAAGACCUUACUGAAAUUAGCUUGUGUGCUCUAAACUGAGAUUUAAGAGUAUUGCAACAAACCAUGUGGAAUGAUUGUAUAGAUUGUGGUUCUAGCCAGCAUUAGUCCCCUCGCUUUCAGCAACAGGAAACCAAAUCAACAUUGGCUUGAAAGAGGGUGGCAUGAGGGCAGCAAGGCCACUUGUUGGGCUUGAAUACACACUGCUGGGUUAGCCAGUGGAACAGGUACCUCAGCACUUUGGAGGAGAGGGAGGAGGAGGGGGUAUCCGGUGCACCUCUGUAGCUCGGUGGCAGUGUGUACUUAAGGGGUAUGGCUUUGGUCACAGUGGGUGUUGGGAGCAAGUGCAGUUCACCACAGUGUGCCCAUAAUUGCACUGGAGGGAGGAAUGCCCAGGGGGUCCCCUGGCUUUGUGAGGUCUUUCUCCCAUGAUCAGAGCAUGUUACACUCACAAGGUUGGGAUGCCAGUUUUGCUAAAUUUUCUAGAGGUGUUUUCUAAAUGUAAGAAGUUCUCUUUAGUUUGAAAAUAUUGUAAGCUUUGCAACUGUGGAUUUUUCUCUGACCAAACAAAAGGGCACAGUGAGAUUUGGUCUAGUGAUGGUGCAGCCCAGUCAGCUACAGUCACUGGUUGUCACAGCCUGCUAUGUGAUGCAUGGCUAGUUUUUGUACCAAGUUGGAUGGUUGACUAUAAGGAUACUACACAUCUUUUUAUGUACUAAGUAUUUGCCAUUAUUUCAUUUUAAUUUAUCUUCUCUGAUCAGAUAUAUAGCUCUUAACUUCAGCUCCCUGAUAUCCUGAUUUUCCUGUGAAUCAAGUAAAACAGUGAUGUUUUGGGUUAGUUGGUUGGUUUGGGUUGGUUUGGUUGGUUUGUAGGGAAAGCAGGUACCUGCUAUACCAUCUGAUUUCAAAUAAUGUAAUUAGUCCAGCAGAUCUAUAUGCCUCCAUCAGGACAACAGGCAGCACAACCUCUCUCCUCACAAAUGAGACUGGUUGUGUGUCCUAGCUUCUUGAGAACGUGUGUGGUGCAACACUCAUGGUGCUUUUUCUACCAUUGGAAUGCACUUCAGGAUGUUCAGCCCUUUGGCCCUGCUGGACUGGUUAACUGCUAGACUCUUCAACUUUUCCAGGUUACACUGAGGUGCUA